ACAGGUUCCAAAACCACGCGCGCGGGCUGGAGUGAGCAUUGUGUGUGUUGAAUACACACUCCGGUCUGCUCUGCUAUUCUGGUGCUUUUGGAACUCGUGGGAACUCAUAACAACUCGUAAACAACGUGUAGAGCUCAAAAAACGAACUGUUCAGCCUGUCGCUUUUCAGAGUUAACUACCUGGCCUCGUUUAGUCUGCUUUCUCCGAGUAGAAAUCAUGUCGACUGUCUGUGACGUGUCGUCGAGCUGCCCCAUCCCGAGCCGUGCUUCAGUCCCGCAGUGCUGGUCUUCUCUCCCAGGCUCCUACAGCCAGACCCCCGGCGGCACAGUGUUCUCCAUCACCCCUGGAGGGACCAGAAUCAUCUACGAUAGGAAGUUUCUCCUGGAAUGCCGCAACUCGCCGAUUGCACGGACUCCACCCUGCUGUCUGCCUCACAUUCCGGGCGUCACCAUGCAGUCCACACACCCGCUGGACAAGCUGUCGGAGCAGGACGAGGACAGUCAAGAUGUCCCCGUUGAUGACAGUCAGUUUGUCCUGGACAUCUGAGAGUGCGAUACGGCUCCUCUGGAGAAGUUGGCUGAUCUGAGAAUCCAUGGGGUUCUUCUUUUGUGAAUCACCAAUGUUGUGUUGUAUUAUAUUGAAAAACACUCGGAGAUGAAGUUGCGGAAGAAUGCAGGUGGGAAUUUGAUAACUUCAGUUAUCAUGAGGCUAAAUUCUGCUUUAUUUUAUUAUAACAUUACACUCAUCUGAAAGACAGAUGUUGGGAUUUUUCCAGUAAAGGUUUUUAUACUGGUUCUCCGAUGGGCUGAAGUGGAGAGUUAAAACCCUGUUAGGGUGAUUAGUCAGUACCUCGUUUUGUGGAAACUUUCUGUAUUGACUACCGUUAUGUUAAAUAAAACCUGAAAAAACCA